AUGAUGUCGUCUGAAAUUGCUGAAAGCCUUGCAUCCGGAAUAAUUGUCGCAAAUCGAUUCAAAGUGGUACGCAAACUAGGCGAAGGUGGUUGCGGAUCAGUAUAUAAAGUUGAAGAUCUCGAGCAGAAAAAUACUUUUCAUGCUAUGAAAGUCGAAUUCAAUUCAAAUAGUAAUGGAAGCGUUCUUAAAAUGGAAAUUCUCACAUUGCUCCGAAGCAAGAAGCACGUGGCGAAACUGAUCGCAAGUGGCAAGAAGCCCACCUAUACUUAUAUGGUGAUGACCCUCCUUGGUGAAAGCCUGUGCUCUCUUGUGAAAAAAUAUGGGCCCAUAAUUAACGUUUCAACACAAACUCGAAUAGGAAUAUGCCUCUUGUUCGGUCAAAAACAAAUUCAUGACAUAGGAUAUAUUCAUAGAGAUUUGAAACCGGCUAAUAUUGCACUUGGUUAUAAAGGAACUAGUGAGGAGAGGUUUUUCAUGGUGCUCGAUUUUGGCCUUGCUCGACAAUUUGUGUGUGAAACUGAUGGAAAAUGGGUGAUGCGAAGACCACGCGAACGAGCAUUGUUUCGUGGAACUGCUCGAUACUGUUCGCUGGCAAUGCACGACAGGCUCGAACAAGGACGAGUCGAUGACUUGUGGGCGACGUUGUAUAUUUUAGCGGAGUUGCGUUGCAAAUUACCUUGGGCUGACUUGUGUGAAAAAAACGAAAUUGCUGACAUGAAGCGGCAAACCACUGAUGAGGUUCUUUUGAGUAAAAGCCCUGUGCAGCUGCUCGAAUUUGCUCGCUACGUUAGAGGGUUAAAUUAUUACGAUCGACCAGAAUACGAAACAAUCUAUCGAAUUUUUGAAAGUAUUAUGAAACAUGGCGGCUACAAAUGGUCGGAUCCUUAUCACUGGGAAUCGCGUUUCGGUUAUGAUAAAUCGAUUUCUCGUAAUAAAAACUCGUUGAAGAGAAACAAUAAGGCUGACAAAUCACCAACUGUAUCGACAAAAACAGUUCCUACAGCUGUUCCUGAUGUUCCGUUGUUUCAGGAAGCGGAUUUCUUAAGUAAUCCUAUCGGAUUUUAA